GCGUGGGAGGAAAAGUCGCAGCGCGGUUGGUUGUUUGUGUAUGAGCGCUAUUUCGCGGGAGAUUAGCUAGCGAGAGCCCCACUGCUGACAACACGGACCAUAACGUUUACUAAUUCUUUUUAUUAUUAUUGUAACGCAAUGAGUUUGUGGGUUGACAAAUAUCGACCGACUUCUCUCGGGAAACUCGACUUUCACAAAGAGCAAGCGGCUCAACUGAAGAACCUGGUUCAAUGUGGUGACUUUCCACACUUGCUGGUAUACGGUCCGUCUGGUGCAGGAAAGAAGACCCGCAUCAUGUGUCUGCUAAGGGAGCUGUAUGGAGCUGGAGUGGAGAAGCUCCGCAUAGAGCACCAGACCAUUGUGGCUCCAUCAAAGAAGAAAAUCGAGAUCAACACAAUUGCCAGCAACUACCACUUAGAGGUCAAUCCAAGUGACGCAGGAAACCAGGAUCGUGUGGUGAUUCAAGAGCUGAUUAAAACUGUGGCUCAAUCCCAGCAAAUCCAGUCCAGUACUCAGAGAGAAUUUAAAGUGGUGUUGCUUACAGAAGUGGACAGACUCACAAAGGACGCUCAGCAUGCUUUGCGUCGGACUAUGGAAAAGUACAUGGCCACUUGCCGCCUCAUCCUCUGCUCCACGUCCACCUCCAAAGUCAUCGAUCCAAUACGGAGCCGUUGUCUAGCUGUCAGAGUUCCUCUGCCGAGCUCAGAAGAGGUCUGCAGUGUUUUAACAUCGGUCUGUAAAAAGGAGGGUCUGGUGCUGCCACCUGAGCUGGCCAAAAAAAUCAGUGACAAGUCUGGUCGGAACCUCCGUAAAGCCCUCCUGAUGUGUGAGGCCUGCAGAGUGCAGCAGUAUCCAUUUUCAGUGGACCAGGAAGUACCAGAGACAGACUGGGAGGUCUAUCUGAGAGAAACAGCUAAUGCCAUAGUGAGUCAGCAGACUCCUCAGAGGUUAUUGGAGGUUCGGGCCAGACUGUACGAGCUGCUGACUCACUGCAUCCCUCCUGACAUCAUCAUGAAGGGUCUGGUAAAAGAAUUGCUGAAUAACUGUGAUGGCCAGCUGAAGGCAGAGGUGGCCCACAUGGCAGCCUUCUAUGAACACAGACUACAGCUGGGCAACAAAGCCAUCUACCACCUGGAGGCGUUCACAGCCAAGUUUAUGGCCAUCUACAAGAAGUUUAUGGAAGAUGGACUGGAUGCAAUGAUGUUUUGAGUAGAAUUGAAUACUUGUGAGAGUUCACAAGGUCCCAUGAUAACAACCCCAACAAGGAUUUCCUUGAACAGAUUUACUUGCAUACUUUGUCAGAUUUUAGCAAAAGUUUACAGGAGAACGAGUGAGAGACUGAAAAGAGAUUGAGAGCAAAUCUAAACUGCUCUUCUAGUCUAAACCACAGAAAAGGUUGAAUAAAUGAUUUGUACUAAAACUGUUCUGACACAUUACAAUAAAUUGCUGUUUGUAUAAGAUAUCACUAAAGAUAUCACCAAAUAUAGUUUAUUACCGCGAGAAGACAGAAUCCUUUGCAUAGCACUUAAUAUGUAGCAGAGCUCUUUUUAAGCAUCAGCUAAACUCUGCCCAUCAUGUGACACAGCUAAAAGGAGGGAAAUGACAGAUGUUUUGCAGCAGGUUUGAGGCAGAUGCAGAGCAUGUGUUAAGUAUAAUUUUGCGAUAUGAACACUAAAAACACAUGAACAUAUAUUACAAAAAAAACGAAAGUAUGAAUCACAUCCAACAAUGAAACAGAGGAAAAAGCCAUCUUCCUCCCUGAUCUGAUCUUGUGCACCCUUGUCAAAACCUGGUAAAAAUAAUUCACAUCAGUCUUUGAGAAGAUAAUGCCCUAGUCCUUCAUGUUUGUUACUUCCUGACACAGCCCCACACAAAUCUCAAAUAUCUGCAGUUUCACUUGAAACUAAUUUAUGUGCAUCAUAGUCCUGUGCUGUUUACUGCUCGUUUGAAAGGGAAAUGGGCAACGUUGUCUUAGAAAACAUUUAACAGUUUCUAACUCAGAUCUGAUAAAAUCUAAAUUUUCAUUAAAUCUAAACAGAAAAAGUUCAAAUUUAACUAUGAAAUCCAAACUGCUGAGUCUCCACUGAGUGAUUCAUUAUCAGUCAUGAAACAUCAGUAACACUCCUUGUGUCUCUUGGCUGUGUAGUAAAUGAUGAGGCCCAGAGUGAUCAGCACCCCAGAACCUACCAGCGUCAAGAAGCCCACCACAGGCCUCUUGACCAGAACCUGGCAGCCCAGGCAGGGUUGUGGCACAGUGGGACACUGCUGAGGAGCAGCUCCUUGAAUGGGAAAGCCAUUGUGUUGGAUGAUGUUCUGGUAGUUAGAGAGAGAGGACUUGAUGAUGACCUCUUCAUGGACUUGGCCAUACAAGCCAAACCCUGGGUCCCUUUGGUCGUUCAGGGCGUAAGCAAAGUAUCCCCUCAGGUUUACACCGUCUAGUGUGUACGCUGUGGAUGGAGGAGGAAAAGCAUGUGAUACGUUAAAUAUUUAUUUUCAUGAUCUUAUUUGUCAUGCAGAAGUAAUUGUAAUAUCUGGAGAUUGUUGCCAUCACAAGUGCUGCGGUGUAAUCCAGUAUGUUUUCUAUAAAAAGAAACCAUUAAGUGUAGCGUGUAUCUGUUGGUAUUUGCAAAUAUGUGUACCCUGAGUCAGCUGACUAUUCAGGGGUCACUGACUUAAAUAUGGUUAAUAAUUAAGUUCCACAGAGACCAGUAAGGGGGAAAAGUUAGUCAUCUCCAAUGGACUAAUCCCAUAUAAAUUUAGCAAUAGAAAUCUUGUAUCAGUCCUAUAUAAUGCCAUCCACAACAGCUCAGUCUCACCUUUAAGUGCCUCAUUAAUAUAGUUGUACAGGUAGUAAAUUCUCAGGCUGUCUUUGAAGCGGGCCGGGUCUUCCUGGACUCCAUUAGCCAUUACAUAGACA